AUGGAUAAGCUGCCGGUAGAGAUUCUAUCCAAAAUCAUCGACCUCCUCACCCCGCGAGAGAAGGUCCAGCUCCAAUCCAUCAAUAAGAAAUUCUUUAACCUCGCCCGCGAUAAUAGUCAGUGGCGACUGCACUGCUAUGACCAGUCUUUGGCUGCCCGCCAGGCUUCCCGCCCGGCCCGCAUGUCCGAGAGUCAGCUUUCCGAUGCGACGGCGUCGCUGACCAACUUGGGCCAGGACUCGCUGCGUGAUUUGAUCCAGCCUUCUGUGUCUGGUUCUUAUGCAGACUUUGAGGAUCGGGAUUUGUCUUGGGGUGAGAGGGCCCGGGCGGCGACUGAUUGGGACUCUUCUGCCAGGGGAGAGCAUGUUGAUUGGUAUUCGGAGUAUAUUGCUCGUCAGGGUCCUAUUUCGUUGACAUGGACUCAACAGCCGUCGGUCCGUCAGGGCAACGGGAAGAAUGGGCAGGCCUGUGAGGUUAAGGGCAUGGGCCUGCUUAAGGAUUGGAGUUCGGCGAGACAGAAUAAAAUCGUCGCUCCGCUUGAGGAUGGCAGUGUCUGCAUUUGGGAUUUGAAUCAUUCGCAUUCUGCUGACUCACAGGCAAGAAAGGGCAAGAUCCUUGGGAUAAGUGAGCCGGGGUUGCUUAUGAAAAACCUGUCUGGACGCCGUGAUCAUUCUCCUUCUAAGUCUUCGUUGGACUUCAUCAACCUGGGUGAAGGCGUUAGUGUGGACUCGCUACGGCAACGAGCAUACCUUGCAAUUGGAAAUGUCCUCAAUGAAGUCGACUUAGAGACAUUGAGAGUAAUCUCUCAGCAGCGCUAUCCAUGGUCGAUUUUCGCCCUUUCACAGGAAACAGAUUACUCCGUGCCUCUGACACUAGCAACAACGCUGAGCCUGCAAAUAUACGACGCCAGACUAUCCGCCGUCGAGGAAGAAGAAGCAAUCAGCUCGCGAUGUGAAAAGGUUCUUGGCCCAACCGCCUCGGAUUCGGGCAUCUUUGCCCACUCCGAUUUGCCCUUACUCAAACUCCAACCCAAUGGACAGCCACCCAGACGCAUUCGCAGUCCAGAACCCUCAGAACCAGGAGCCAACUAUGCACCCCUUUUCCAGCCAGGCCCUCUUUCUAUCCUGCAUCCGCCAGCUCCUCAUGUAAACACCAUUCUCCUCGCAGGCCGCUUCCCCAGCAUAUUAUGCUACGACCGCCGUUUCUUCCCACGGUUACAGACCACAGUCCAUUCCGGAGGUCGAUUAUGUGGUCUGGCCUCCGUCCCAGCGCCCCGGUUCCCUGUCUUCUCAGAUAACACUUAUCCAGAAUCCCACUCCGUCGUGGCAUGUGGCGAAUAUAAUGGCCGAGGCUCAUUAGAGCUAUACAGCCUGAAGUCAGAAUCAGAAAAGGACUACAGUCCCUCGAACAUGACAUCGAACCUCAAUUCGGAGUACAAAAACCGUCAGAGCGCCGCCAGUUCCAAAUUGCUUUCUGUUGGCUCCCACGGAAAUCGCAUCGUCUUCUCCGACACUGAGGGCAAUAUCAAAUGGACUGAGCGAGACGGUCGUUCAGAGGUCCGUCGUUGGAAUAUCAAUACUUCCCCCCUUCAGAUCCCAUUCGGUCGUCGCAGUCGACAGCCAGCAUCUGGACAAAAUGAUCACGACGAUGAGCCUCGUGGUCUCUGGCCGGGCUCCCACUCUCCAGGCAAUAAUGAGGUCGCCCGAAAGGUUCUACCCACGGGUGGUAAUCUCACUGGGGAUGAACUCCUCAUAUGGACCGGUGAGCGGAUUGGUCGGCUUAAAUUCUCAAUCCCGGCGGAUUAUGAGAUGGAACUUGAUGACGGCUAUGAGUCUGAGGACGAUGUGUUUAUGCAUGCUGAAGUCGAUGAGGCUACUCGCGAGGUUAUGCGGAAUAAGCGUCGUGAUGACUGGGAAAAAGAACAGAGGUAUGAGGAUACUAUGCGGCGUGCCCUCGAGAGACAGGCGGAUGAGGUGCGCUGGAUGGGGAGUCGAGGGUUGGGGUUGAGUUGA